UGUAAGGAAAGAUCAAUGCUUCGAUGUGUCUCGAGUAGAAGAUGUAGAUCGCCGGUGGAGCUAAAGAAAGAAGAAGAACGCGUCCCGGGUGAACCUGACGGGGGCAGCCGGAGCGCCGAGAGGAGGGCGAGCCCGUUAUAAGCUCGGGUCCCGGCUAUUCAGCAGCUUAGCAGCGUAGUGGCGUCGUAAGAGAGACACCCGGGACCUAAUUCCAAUCCAGCUGGUUUAUUUAUCUGUGGCCUUGGGUUGCACCUGUAAUCGUGCGCCCGGAUAUCCUCGUGGGUCGGAUAUGCUUCGAAGAGGCGCGCCGAUGAGCUGGGUCCUCGCUGCUCUUCUUCUCUUGUUCGGUUCAUCAUUGAUUGCUAAUGCCGACAGUAGUCGAUCAGGGGGCGAUCGUGUACUCGAGGACAGCGUGACUGUUGAAGCUCCGGUGAUCUUGAAUACAGCAGCCACUGAUCCGGAGCUUCCUACUGCGACGAGGGAAGCUCGCAAUAUCUUUUGGGCCAAGGCUGGAGGAGGUGGUCCUUGCUUGACUUCAAAGGGUGAAGUCGGAAAAUGCGCCACCUUCAAGGAGUGUUAUCCUUACUUCAAAAUUCCUGAUCUUGGGGCUCUCGAUGGAUGGGUUCUUGGGGUCUAUGACACCUGCAGUUAUAUUCGUGACGAUGGCCGUAUGGGCUUUGGAGUAUGUUGCUCCAAUACCAUUCCUCUCGUUACUCCUGCAUCUCCAGGAGGCGAAGAUCCUGUAGUCGAAGAACCAGAGGAGGAAGAUAAUGCGGAUAAGAACGUUGGUCCAGAUUCAGCAAAACCAAGACCAAAACCGCCGUCUUGGCCACCUCCACUUCCUACUCAUCCUCCAGAUCAUACUAUACCGCCUUUGCCCACGCAUGGCCCAUUUCCUGGUUUCCCAACGAUAACCACUCCAAAACCGAUUUACUCCACUUCGAAGAAGCCUCCGGGUGCCACCACGUGGCCGACGAAAAAGCCUGGAUGGUGGCCUGGUGCUACCAGUCCAGCUACAACGAGCAAGCCUCCUGUCACUGCAGCUCCUGGGGUCACUUAUGCAGAGUGCGGUGCGAAAAAUGGUAACCAGGACCAGGAACGUAUCGUUGGUGGACAUAACGCUGAUCCUGGUGAAUGGCCAUGGAUCGCGGCGCUCUUCAAUGCUGGACGACAGUUCUGCGGUGGAUCUCUUAUCGACAACAUACACAUCCUUUCGGCGGCUCAUUGUGUCGCUCAUAUGAAUUCUUGGGACGUUGCCCGAUUGACGGUGCGUCUUGGUGAUUACAAUAUCAAAACAAAUAACGAGGUCCGCCAUAUUGAAAGACGCGUGAAACGCGUCGUCCGACACAGAGGUUUUGAUUCCCGCACCCUGUACAACGACGUGGCUAUACUUACUUUGGACCAACCGGUAGACUUUACCGAGCAAAUUCGUCCUGUUUGCCUACCUACUGGUUCUCAACUAUAUUCAGGAAAAACAGCUACAGUCAUCGGUUGGGGUUCACUUAGAGAAAGCGGACCGCAACCUGCAGUACUUCAGGAAGUCUCAAUUCCCGUAUGGACAAAUAGUGAGUGCAAGAUUAAAUAUGGCAGUGACGCUCCUGGUGGUAUCGUAGACAGUUUUUUAUGUGCAGGAAGAGCAUCCAAGGAUUCCUGUUCCGGUGACAGUGGCGGUCCUUUAAUGGUAAAUGAUGGAAGAUGGACUCAAGUUGGUAUAGUGAGCUGGGGUAUUGGAUGUGGCAAAGGGCAAUACCCAGGUGUUUACACGAGAGUCACGCACUUCCUGCCUUGGAUUAACAAGAAUCUCAAGUAACUGGAUAGGGCGGCAACACUCUAUGGGAGGAGUGACAGUAGGUUGCUCUUAAUGGCAACAAAAUUACCUAUUUCCUGCCUUUUUUCAUUCAACGCUCGUAUGUCUUGGAAAGUCAUUUGAUCGCGCGAUCGAUUGACAGUAAUCGUUGAUCUUUCGAGAUAAAAACGAGCCUUAGGCAAUAUCCCUAACCGCAUGUUAUCAUUGAAUAAUGAUAAGAACAAGGCUUCUUCAAGUCCUAAACUAUAUGUAAUAAGGGAAUGUGCUAUAAAUCACGAAGACUCUUGAUGUAUUAAUCGACAUGAGAUGAAAUCUCGUCACGGCUAUAUCUUUUGUUCCUUGAUACCUUGAACGAGGUUGUCAGGCAGAGGAAUAAAAAAAAUAUGCUCGGAAGUAAUUCCAGCAGCGCUUUGGUUCUACCUGGUAUCAAGUAUUAAGACAUAACGCAUUAUUAGCGAUAGUCGAAUCCGUCCUAAAUACUCCGUGGUAUAUGUAGUGAGACGCGUUAUUACAAUUCGUAACAAAUUAUUUCAUAUUUACUAUACAUACGCACGUAUAUAAAAAAAUAAUAAAAUUAUACAAUCGUA